CCGAAGCUUCCCCUGGUGACUACAGGGUUCCUUUGCUCCCGCUGAUUUCCAGCGUGAGAUCUCGAUCUCUCCAUUCUGAUCAGCUUUUUCCGCUCCUUAAUCCCCAUCGCAACUCGGGCUGGUUAAAGGGCAAACAUUGGGUUUGCUGCUCGGCCUUAGUUGUGAUUUUGGGGGUUUUGUGGGUGGCGCCUAAGCCGAUCUGUGGAGAUGGCUGAUUCCAACUCAGGAUUGCAAUCCGGAAGAGAAAUAGAGGGUGAUUUGGAUAGUUUGCUCCAGCACUUGGAGAUUCGGGAGGAUGAAGAGCAAGGAAUUGUAUUAGAAGAGAAUCUGGAGGGACUGAAAGCGGAGGCGCGUUGGACAGUCUUGGCGAAGGUUAGUUCCCCCAAAGCUUUCAGUCAUGCUGCUUUCAUUGCGAAUAUGAAGUAUGCCUGGGGCUUGGCAAAAGAAGCCAGCUUUAAAGCUAUAGAGGAAAAUUUUUAUUUGUGAUCCAGUUCUCUUGCCUGGGUGAUUGGAGGAAAGUGAUGGAUGAGGGUCCAUGGAUUUUCAGAGGCCAUGCUGUCCUCUUGGAAGAAUAUGAUGGAGUUACAAAGCCCUCUAAGGUGGAGUUCAAGACCUUGUCAAUAUGGGCUCGUGUAUACGACCUGCCAAUAGGUUUCAGGACGGAAAAUAUAGGGCGCCAAUUGGGGAAUAAAAUAGGAAAAUUUCUGAAGAUGGAUCUAGAUGAGGAAUUUAGUGGAUGGAGAGAUUUUCUGCGCAUCAGAGUUAAAUUAGAUGUGGAGAAACCUCUGACUAGGGUUGUCUUUAUUUCUGUGGGAGCAGGAAAGCGUGAGCCAUUUCGGGUGAAAUAUGAGAAGCUCCCAAAGUUCUGUGCUGUCUGUGGUCUUCUGGGUCACGUUGAAACUGAAUGUGGCGACGGUGUUCAUGAUAAGAAAGCCCUCCAAUACGCGGACUGGUUGGUGGUUAGCCCUGAAAGAAAAGGGAAAGUAAAAGGUAGCAGGUCUGCGGGUUCCGGGGAUACAAAGGGAUCAGAUUCUAAAAAUUCAAAAAAGGCUCCUUUUCAGAAGGGAUAUGUUGAGACCAAGAAUGGAAGUAGCAGCCAGAGAGGCUCUAGUGACUUGGUCGAAUUAAGGGAUGAUGCAAGAAGCCCCUUAAAGAGGGAUAGUGAUCGGCUCCCAAAGUUGGGUGGAAGCGAGACCAAAUGGCUUAGUGCACCAGGAGAUGAUGAAAUGCAUCUAAGUAAUGACCUGGCUUUGGCUCUUAUCCCUGCAAGGAAUAAGAUGGAAUAUUUGGAUAAUAUAUUUGAAUUAAAGGAUGGUCGCCCUCUGUUAGAGUGUUCAGACAGGAGUGAAUGUGGAAAAGACUUUGUUCUGGAGAUGAGAAGUCAGAAGAAACUAAGAGUGGAGGGGGGAAUGAGGUAGCGCAUGACAUUGAAAUGAGAUCGGCGGGCUCCCUAGGGGAGUGCCGCCGGGAACAAUGAAAAUCCUAAGCUGGAACUGUCGCGGGAUUGGCAACCCUGCGACAGUAAGAGAACUUCGCGAUCUCGCGAAGGAUUAUGCCCCCUCGGUGAUUUUUAUCGUGGAAACACAGAUUGCAAAAUACCGAGUGGAAAAUUUGAGGUACACUCUGGGUUUUGAUUAUAGUUUUGCUGUUGGUAGCUGCGGAAGAAGUGGAGGCCUAGGGCUGUUUUGGAAGAAUGAUUUGUCUGUGUCUGUUAAAAAAUUCUCGAAAUAUCAUAUUGAUACAUUUGUCAGUGAAAAAGGGAAGGAGCCUUGGCGCAUAUCCUUUAUUUAUGGAGAGGCAAAUAGAUCUCUAAGAUAUCGCACUUGGGACAUUAUGAAGCAAAUGAGGAGUGAUACGGAUUUACCUUGGGUUUGUAUGGGUGACUUUAAUGAGAUUCUAAGGAGAGAAGAACAGCUAGGCCCAAAUAUUAGAGAGGAAUUUUUGAUGGAAGGUUUUAGGGAGGCGGUGGAUGUGUGCCAACUUUGUGAUAUAGGCUAUAUGGGUGUGGAUUGGACCUUUGAAAAGAAGGUGACUGGAGGGCAAUAUGUUCGAGUUCGACUCGAUAGGGUUCUAGCUUCGGCUAGUUGGUGCUCUUGUUUCCCUUUUGCUGCAGUCCGUCACCUUACAGUAGUAAAAUCUGAUCACUCUCCUAUCCUUUUAUCCCUCCAGCCAGAGGAAACGAAUAAUUUCAUGUGUGGUCGUGGAAAGCCUUUCAGAUAUGAGCUUAUGUGGGAGACAAAUGAUGGCAUACGGUCCCUAAUCCAACAGGUUUGGAAGUCUGAACAAUACUGUAAUUCUGUAAAGGAUAUGAAAGACAAAUUACUCAAUCUUGGAGGGGAGCUCAAGGCUUGGGGAGAGAAGAACUUUGGUGCUGUGAGGCGUGAAUUGCGUGAACUGAAGAAAAAACUUGAAAAGAUGAGAUCUGAACCGGCAAGAAUUGAUGUUUCAGAUGAGGAACAAAAGAUUGUUGAUCGUUUAGUUCUGUUAAAUUACCAGGAAGAGAUUAUGUGGAAGCAAAGAUCACGUAUUAAUUGGUUACAAGAAGGGGACAACAAUACCAAAUUCUUUCAUCAAAGAGCAAGCAGAAGGAAAAUGAGAAACACAAUUGUGAGGCUUAAUCGAUCGGAUGGUUCAGAAUGUACAAAUGUCAAUGAGAUGCAAGGGAUGGCAGUGGACUUCUUUCGGAUUUUAUUUGAAUCGGAAGGAACAUCUAACAUGCAUCUAGUGUUAGACCAUGUUUGCCGCAAGGUAACAGAUGAAAUGAACCAUUUUCUAUGUGCCCC